UGUUGCCGGGCAGAGGAUGAUGUCAUGUCAGAAGUCCUCACUAUAGACGCUAUAUUGUUUGGACUCUUGGUCUUUUUUGGCAUCCUGGGAAACAUCUUGGUCAUCCAUGUGGUGUUUCAGUCCGCCAUUGAGAGUCCAUCUCGACGAUUACCUCCAUCUGACACUAUUUUGGUUCACUUGUCGGUGGCCAACCUGCUGACCUCACUUUUCCGCACGGUGCCCAUCUUUGUGUCAGAUUUGGGCUUGGAUGUGUCUCUGUCUCCCGGCUGGUGUAGAGUCUUCAUGCUGCUGUGGGUGUGGUGGCGAGCUGUGGGCUGUUGGGUGACAUUAGCGCUCAGUGUCUUCCACUGCACAACUCUGAGGCGACGCCAUGUGAUGUUUGGACCUCUCGCACACCAGAAGGAGAGGCGGCGGGUCUGGAUUGUUCUGGGUUUGGUGUGGGGGGCUAAUCUGGCUUUUUCUAUCCCGGCUCUCAUCUACAGCACCCACGUUCAUGGAAACGCCACCGUGGAGCUGAUGGUGAUCAGCUGCACCACCAGGCCUCUGCUGGGCUGUAUUUGGGAAUUCCCCUCUGAACAACAGGGCUCAGCCUUCGCCUCCACCUCUCUGGCUUUCAAUGAGGUUCUCCCCCUGGUGCUGAUGAUAUUCACAAACCUGGCCACACUGCACGCUCUGGCCAAGCACAUCCGAGCUGUCACCUCAGGGGGAGAGUCAGGAGGAACCCACGGAGAUCAUGUGUCCACUGAGCGUAAGGCCGCUCAUGUGAUCAUGUCUCUGGUAUCGCUCUUUGUGGUCUGCUGGGCUCUACAGGUGGCUGCAGUGACCUACUACAACCAUGAUGGAGGACACCACGCUGAAGGGCUGCUUACUGUGGCCCACUUCUCUGCCUCGCUGUUUGUAGGAUUCAGUCCCAUGGUGGUGGCCCUGGGACACAGCAAGUUGAGGAGGAGAAUCGUGGGAAUGAUUAUUAAAUGUUGGCAAGAGGAAACUGCAGUUGCACUUAAGUCCUCAAAAGCAAAAGCAGAGAAGGGCAAACAAACUGUUUUUGCUGCUGAGAAAGGGAAACAAGUCAUAAAAGUGGAAGAGAAAGUUACAAACAAACAAAUGACCAGUAAAAAAGGUGACUGUUGA